UCCGGCAGGGCCGAGAUCUGCCCGCGGGGCCGUGCGGGGCGGCAGCCCGAGCCCGGCACCGCUAGUCCCAGCGCCGGGCCUGGGGGUCCUGCCCUGAAGAAUUGCAGGAAGAAGCGUUCCUUGUGCUCAGCCGGCAACUUCCUAUUUUGUCCGUCCCUUGGCCGUCGCGGGGAGGCAAAGGCCCCUGUUAAACCAAACGCCCGUUCUUGCAAUUGAGGAAAUGUACACAACUUGUCUUAGUAAAAUUGCAUCAAAUUUCUCCAUUGUUCAGCAUUUUCUGCCCAUACUUAUUUGAGAAGGAAAUGUUCAGCAAUUUGGUUUGGAUGUUUGUCCUACUCUGCAGCUCUGUAGCAGAUGAAAACUCCAUCAGAGAUGCUGACAUUUUUCCUUCAUCUCCUGAAAUUGAAAGAGGAUCCUCCCUGGAACUAUCUUGCGUUCUUAGAAAGAGUGACACACCUCAGAGAAAUGCAAACCACAUCAUCUGGAAACUGAAUGAUGCAUUGAUUUCUCCAGAAGAAUAUAACAUUGUGAAUGAGACUGUAUCUAAUAUAACCAUCCAUAAUUUCACUUACAGCACAGCUUAUGUAGAAUGUCUCAUGAAGUACUUGGACAAGGAACUACCUUUGGUUCACACAGUAGUUAAAUCUGGCUUUCGUCCAGACAUGCCAGAAAAUAUUUCCUGCAUUUACUUCUAUGAUGUUAACCUUACCUGUACCUGGAGUGCAGGAAGAGAAACAAGUUUUACAACAAACUAUACUCUUUACCGAAAACUGAUGAGUUCUCCGUAUACAGUCAGAUCCUGUCAGAAUACAACAGAGUCAUGUUCAUUUUUUUAUCCAUACAAUGAUUAUAGUAAUGAUUUUUGUUUUCAAGUGGAAGCUAAAAAUGUUUUGGGUGAAUCCUUAACAGAGUGUGUUUCUAUACCUUUGCAAAAAAUAGAGAAAUUUGCCUCUCCUGAAAUACUUUCAGUAAAAAAAAUCCCUGGUAUUAAGCAGUUACUUAUGGUAACCUGGAAAAUGCCUGAGAAAAUUAUCCCUUUAAAACAUAUAAUUUGCCAGGUUCAAUACAGAAACUUGUAUUCAAACUUUACCGAAUUUGUCAACGUGUCCCUGAAUUCUAAAAAAGGUAUAGUGUCAUGUAAUCUCACAGGUCUGUGGGACUCCACAGACUAUUCUGUUGCCAUUCGGUGUAUGAAUAAUGAGUCAGCAUUUUGGAGUGGAUGGAGUGGAGAGAAAAACGGAAGUACAGAAGAAAAAGCUCCUCCCCGAAAAGUGGAUUUGUGGAGGGUAAUUGAGUCUUCACACUCAUCUAGAAACAGAUCUGUACAUCUUAUGUGGAAGUCAUUAAAAAGCUUUCCGCCUUCUGGGAGAAUUCUAGGCUACAAAAUACAGUAUUUUCCAGAAAACAAGACUGCAUGUAAAAGGACAAACAACUCUACUGAUGAGAAAAUCACCUUAUUUUUAAAUGAAGAGGCACAUAUAAUAUCUGUCACUGCCUAUAACUCUGCUGGAAAGUCUCCUGAAGCUAUUUUGAGGAUUCCAUCCACUGAUGAAAAAUCCUCUCAGAUGAUUGAAACAAUGAUAACCUCUACAUUGAAUGAAGAAGUGGUGGUGCAAUGGAAGACCUCUGACCCAGAAACAACCACAUAUGUGGUUGAGUGGUAUGAGGAAUUGGAGACGGACCCUUUUGUUAGAUCAUGGCAAUAUGUGUCAAAUUCUACAGAGUGGAAAAAUAACAGAAAAAACUUCAAACCUUUUUUAUGCUAUAACAUCUUAGUGUAUCCUCUUUAUGGAAAUAACAUAGCAGCUCCAUCUUAUGCACAAAUCUAUGCUCAAGAAAAAAAGCCAUCAGAAGGACCUGUGGCUGAUACAGACAUUCUGGGGAAAAAUGAAGUUACAAUAAAGUGGAAUGAGAUUUCAAAGGCUAAAAGAAAUGGAUUUAUCACUAACUAUACAAUAUUUUAUAAACCUGAAGAUGGAAAGGAAUUGAAUGAAACGGUGAACUCUGACACUCUGCAAUACAGACUGAAGUCCUUACAGGCUAAUACACAAUAUACUGUUCGGAUCAUGGCAAGCAACAAAGCUGGUGGGACCAUUGGAGAGCCAAGAGCUUUCAAGACUUUGAAAUUGGAUAAAGAUGAUGUCAUUUUUAUUGCCAUACCUGUUGGGAUAAGCAUGUUGUGUCUGAUAGGCCUUUGGAUAACAUGUGUUUUGAAAAAACAUGCGUUUAAAAAAGUUUGCUGGCCUGAUAUACCAAAUCCUGAAGAGAGCCUUGCAGUUGAAUGGCCUCUUGCUUCAUCUAUGAAUAAUUCAUUUUUGAAGAGAGUGUCGUCUCAGACUAAAACUGUAGACUACGAAGACAUAAAUGUUUUGGAAUAUUGUUUUCCUGAAGAAGGUCAGGAAGAAUCACUACUAAUAAAUUAUGAAAGCCAUGUUUCUGAAUUUACUGAUAUUAAUACAAAAGGCAUAACUAACAGAGAUGAAAAGAUACUUCAUAAUGAAGAGGAUGAAGCUGCUAAUUGUUUUUCCCCAUCUAUGCCUUACGUAAUUGCUGAUCAAUUUACCAGAAGUCAAAUGCAUUCAGCUUUGAUACCAGUGAAGGAAGUCCAACCCAUAGAAAUGGUGGCAAAUGAUUUGUGUGGAUCCCAACAGAAUCCAAUUAAAAAUGAAGAAAAUGAUGUUGAAGAAGUUUUAAAGCUGGAAGAUUUCAGUGAAAAAGCACUAUUCAAUCCAUACCUUAAAAAUUCAGUUAAAGCAAGGGAAUUUCUUGUUUCUGAGAGCUUGCCAGAGCACAGUAUGGAUGAAUGCAAAAGCCAGUCAAGUGUCUUACCUCCUUUUCAACCAAAAGUUCCAGGACAGUCCUACAUAACGCUGGACAUGUUCAGGCUGGCCAAAGCUCAGUAGCGUGAGAAAACUCCAUUGUAAAAUCAUCCUGUGAGAUAUCCCUUGGCACUCCUGCUCAUAGGCAUUCAUAUCUAACGUGGCUGAUCUCAAUUGAUUUGGAUGGUAACACCCUUUUCCUUCAAAUAGCUGUGAAGUAGUUUUUUAGACUGUGUGUGUACACAUCAGAGUUCCCUUUCAAACUGGAUUUUUGGGGGUUUUGUUGGUUUUUUGUUUUGGUUUGUGUGUUUGUUUUUUUUUUUUAACCAGGCAUGCCAGUAGUGAGGCACAAGAAAUAGCUUUUGUUAUUUCUUGGUAGUUCUCCUGUAUCAGCGUGCUAAAGCAAACUGCAGGAGCAUCCAUCAUUACAAGCAGCUCAUCUCUUUCUCACAACACAACCAGUUCCCAAGGCUCAGCUCUGAUGGGGAAGCACGGGCGGAAUUGAACAGUGUCAGAAUCUGCCAAAUCCUUCCUUCGGUUACAUGGAGCAGAACUACUUUCCUUUUCUUAUUUUCCUUGUUUGUUUUUUAUCUGAUUUUAUAUAUCAUGUUUCUCUUGCUUUACAAAUAUUUUCUAGAUUUCAGUAGUUGUCUUUUUUCAUCAUGACUCUUGAAUUAAUAGUUUGGCCUUUCUUGUCUUUAAUGAGAGUAUAUUUGCUAUGUUAUCUGCAUUUUGGAAAAUGUGUUAUGUUGCCUCCUUUCCUUUCUCAUGUUUUUAAUAGUCCUCAGCAUUUUGUGCUGUUUUUGUGUCUCCUGUUUGUUUCCUGCUUUCUAAAACUGCUUACUGAAGGAUAACUUCUUAUCUUCUUGUUCCUUUGCUUCUGUUUCAAUUUAAAACUGCAUUUCCCAGUUGAGGUUUUGAUAUUUUGAACUGAAAAAAAAAGUCAACUAAAUAUGUCAUCUUGUGUUAAAAUAAGCACUGAGUUAGGAAGUUGUUCUUCAAGGAGGUAAUGAAAAGACACUAAGUCUAUAAAAUCUUCCCAGAUUUAGGAUUAAAUCAAUUACCAUGUAUUUACAUUUACCGUGUUGCAUCCACAAGGUAUUUCUACAUGAGGAUAUAACUUUUGUCAUUUGUUUUAUGAUUUUGUUAAGCCAUAAAUGGAAUUGUAGUUUCCAUUUUACAAAUCAGCAAUUAAGUAGUAAAACACUCAAUCACACUAAUUUUUUAACAAGAAGGAGGCUAUUAUUGUAAAACUCUUACUGAAAUACUCUGCUAAAUAACAGGUUUAAAAAGGUGGCGAGUCCAAAUAAAUUGUAUUUGAAAAGAGUGUUCAGUAUGUCACAUAUGGGAGAUAUAGUAAUUUUAAGACUUUGAAUUAUUUUUACAGUAUUUAGGGGCUUGAUGUCUUUAGUCUUGUUUGCACAAGAUUGUUGUUUGCGCAUCUACAGGUUUCUUCUGGAGUAAAAAAGAUACAGGAGUUAUGGGGAUAGAAAAAUGAGAGACAAAUGUGAAUAGGAUUAGAAAGCCUUUCCUUUCUGUGCAGGAGGAGGAGCAGAAGAAUGGAAAAUAUAUUGUAAACAUGAAUGAGGAGGCUGAGCCUUUCCCUGGAUACAGUGGCUAUUACUUGCAUUGUUUUGGGGAAAACAGUAUAAAGUUUUGCAUUUAUGAUCUUUUUCUAUAGUAUGGAAGCUGCUUUAACUUAGAACAAUAUUCCUCUAGUUGCCAAGAAAGGAUGGGGAAACAAUUUCUGCAAAUGUUUCUUAUCCAGCAGCAUUGAUUUCCACCUCUCAUGUUUGUUGGAUCACUUUCUGAACCAUGGUGCUCCAAGAUGAAAUACAUAUAUGUUUGCUUUUGUAAACCCUUGCUUACUUAGGUAAGUCAAACUCUGGAGUUAGGACAAAGCUUUGGUUAGGUCAGUGCUUUUUCUGCUGCUUCAGUUGUUUCUAUACUUCUCACUCACAGCUACCUUGUUGUAUCCCUGGGCCCAGAACUCACCAAUUCUAUCACAGCAUUUUUUUCCCUUAAAUCUCAGUGUUUGUUUUAAUAUCACAAUAUAUAAAAAUAAACACAUGCAGAGAUAUUUUUGACCUUUCUAGGAAGUGUUUAGCAGUUGUAUGAAAUUCUGCAUAUUCUGAAUCGCAUGUUUUAAACAGGUAAAAUGUGAAAAUAAUGCAACCUUUAUUGCUGGGUGGCUUGGGUAGGUUAUCCUUGUAACAGUUCUUAGGUUCUGGAGGGUGAGUAUAUCCUUCUUUUUUACCCUACUUUAUUUCCUUCCCUAUUGAUACAUUGUGCUUUCCUCUCCUCAUUUUUCUGCUUCCCCUCCCCAUUAUUUCUUCAGAAAAAACAAAAUGCUAGAAGUGGGCUCAAUACAUUCCAGAAAGCAAGGUUGUCUUUUGCGCAUGCUUUGAAAUGAAAGCUUUGUGCACUUGGUUUGUUUUGCACUGGGAAUUUUACUCUUUCUGACAUUUUGCAAUUUGUCUUUCAAACUAACACUGUGAAGCAUUAAAAAAUUAAAACUGAGAAAACGUGUAAAAUUUUUUUUAUUGAUUUAUCCUAAAUGCACCAUUUAGACAUUUUAGAUUUUCUUAUUCACAUAGAGUAAGUCUCACUUUGGGCUGCUGUUUAUAGGGUCACAAGAGUGGGCUUUAGUCCUAGUAAUUUUUUACAGCUGCAAUUUGCGCUGGUAACUUUCUUUGAAUGUUCAACAACAAAAAUAUUAUUCCAUUUGGGUUGUUAUUCAGGCAAGAAAAGUAAGUUUCCAGAUCAGCUUGUUAAUGAAACAUGUACUUAUUAGACAGCACUAAUUCCUGUGAGCAGACAGUGGUCUGAAAAAAUCAAGAGGAGCUCAGCCCAGGCACUGUUUGUCAAGGACUAAUGAGCAUUUCUCAGAUUAUGGUGGUGCUGGUGCGGGAGUGUGGGAUGCACCACCACAAUCCACCCCAUGACUAAAGUCAGCUUCUCUGGGCAUGCUGCCCCAGGCAGCUCUACAGCUUUGGGACAGAAUGGCUGGAACGCUGCCCUGUGAAAAAGGACCUGGGGGUACUGGUGACACAGCUGAACAUGAGCCAGGCUGUGCCCAGGUGG